UUUCUCUGCUAUUCCGACUUCCGAAUACUUCCCUUCAAUUUCUAGGGGCUGCUUCGGUCUCGUCCUUCUUCCUUUCCUAAUCCACUUUCGAUUUUUACUUCAAGAGGUUUUGACUUGAAAGAUUUUGGUUUUGACACUGGAAGGGGAAGCAAUGGACGGAAACGAUGUCGGAAUUGAAGAAGAGGAGGCACAGAGAAGCAGAGCGUUCUCGCGGCUUAAACCCUUGUGUCUUGAGCUCUUUGAGCUUCUCCAUAAUCCUAACAAACAUUCAUCUGCACUCCCCGAGUUGCUUCAGUUCCUUCAGAGCUCUCCUCCCGAUGAUCUUCAGCCCUUCUUUGACUACAUCUUGUUCCCUUUGCUGCUUCUUUUGGAUUCCGCAGUAGAUUGCAGAUCUGCAAAGGAAGUUGAUUCUGGGGAGAAACAUAUAGUGUAUAACGUACCACAAAAGCCUUUCAAAGUGAACGAUGGAGUAGCGGAAUGCAUGCUUCACUGUCUGGAGGAACUUCUGAACAAGUGCUAUAUAGCAUCUGUGGAGCAGAUGGUUGUAGUUUUGAAAAAAUUGACUUAUGCAGCCUUACUUUCACCAUCUGAAGCUGCUGAAGAGUUUCGUGGAGGAGUAAUAAAGUGCUUGCGAGCUUUAGUUUUGAGUUUACGUCAGUGCUCUAAUGAGUCUUGCUCAUGCAAACAAAGUUUUGGUUUGCCUGCAUUAUUAGAAAAGAGAGAUCUUCAGUUGCUACAAGAUCAACGUUCAAAAUAUCGUUUAGAACCAGAAGAAUGCUUGCUUGCAUUUCUCCAGUCGCCUAAUUCUUCCGCUGCUAUUGGACACUGGUUAUCAUUGCUACUCAAAACUGCAGAUACAGAGGUUUCACGAGGACAUCGAGGCAGUGGAAAGCUCCGUGUUGAAGCAUUUAUAACCCUGCGUGUGCUUGUCUCUAAGGUUGGUAUUGCAGAUGCCCUAGCUUUCUUUUUACCUGGAGUUGUUAGUCAAUUUGCCAAAGUUCUGCAUGUCUCAAAAACAAUGAUAAGUGGUGCAGCUGGCAGUGUGGAAGCUCUUAACCAAGCAAUAAGAGGCUUGGCUGAGUAUCUUAUGAUAGUCCUUCAAGACGAUGGUAAUUUGUCUGGUGUUGAAAUACCUGCAAGUGUUACAUCUGGCUCUGGUUCAAACAAGAUUGAAUCGGUGCAUUCAUUUCUAGAGGAACUGCGGCAGCUACCUAUGAAAGCUCAAGCUCAAGCUCAGAGUAAAACUGUGGCUGAAGAGUUGAAAGGAGAAACAGUCAUUUUAGAUACUCCCUCAUCUGAAAUCAAAGAAAAGGGGAGCACUAAAUCAGGCAAUGCAAUAGGAUCUUUGCAUGUUGAUCGGACUAAAGAAUGGAUUGAGAAAACUUCUGCCCAUGUGGAUAAACUUUUGUGUGCAACUUUUAUGCAAAUAUGUGUUCAUCCAUCCCGAAAAGUGAGACAAGGACUUUUGGCUGCCAUACAAGGAUUGCUACUGAGGUGCAGUCAUACACUGAAAUCGAGCAGAUUGAUGCUUCUGGAAUGCUUAUUUGUGUUGGUUGUUGAUGAGUCUGAAGAAGUUUCUUCAUCUGCUCAGCAUUUUCUUGAAGUUUUAUCCUCCUCCAGUGGGAAACAUUCUGUUGAAAGUGAUGUUGCUGAAAUUUUUGGCAGGCUAAUGGAAAAGCUUCCUAAGAUGGUGCUUGGGAGUGAAGAAUCUUUAGCUCUAUCAAACGCUCAGCGGUUACUUGCGAUUUUAUAUUUUUCUGGUCCUCAAUUUGUGGUGAAUCACCUUCGAUCGCCUGUAACAGCAGCCCGGUUCUUGGAUGUUGUCGGCUUGUGUCUGAGCCAGAAUUCAUUGUUUUCUGGUGCUCUUGAUAAGCUUGUUUCAGCAAGAGCGUCCUCAACGGGAUACCUUCAAUCUGUUGCUGAGUUGAAAGCUGGUUCUCUUUUUAACAUUAAUUGCCAGAAUGUCAUGAAUGUUGCUGCUCCAUCUGAUAUCUUAAAGAUAACUGAUACAUCAGAAAAAGAAAAACGAUAUCCAAUGGGGGACGUGCAGAGUAAAUAUAAGGUUCCACAAGUGCCCCCUUGGUUUAUUCAUGUUGGCAGUCAGAAACUGUAUCAGGCCGUUGCUGGAAUUCUUAGACUUGUAGGCCUAUCUUUCAUGGCAGACUUUAGAAGUGAAGGUCUUAUAUCAGUUAUCAUUGAUAUUCCUCUUGGUCACCUGCGUAAAUUGGUUUCUGAGCUUCGACUCAAUGAUUAUAAUAAAGAGAGCUGGCAGUCUUGGUAUGAUAGAACUGCAACUGGACAUUUAUUACGCCAGGCUAGCACUGCAGCAUGCAUUAUAAAUGAGAUGAUAUAUGGUAUGUCAGACCGAGCACUGGAUAGCUUCGGAAAAAUGUUUAUUAGGUCCCGGUUAAAAGAGGAAGAGGUUCAGGAAUCUUAUGCAGGACUUGUCACCAGCCAACCUUGCAAAUCGGAAAAUGAGCUUGGUGGAUCUAUGUGGAAGGUUUCACAGGAACCUGGUGCCCAGAAUAACUUGGUUGACUGCAUUGGUAGAAUCUUACAUGAAUAUUUAUCUGCGGAAGUGUGGGAUCUUCCAGUCGACCAUGACUCUUCUCGUGUACAACCUAGUGGCGGAGUUGAAAAUAUUACCUUGCACCUUUUCCAUGACACUGCUAUGCUGCACCAGGUUCUUAUUGAUGGGAUAGGAAUUUUUGCUUUAUGUCUUGGAAAGGAUUUUGCUUUGAGUGGAUUUCUCCAUUCAUCUCUUUAUCUAUUGCUUGAGAAUCUUAUUCAUUCGAACUUCCAAGUCAGAAGUGCUUCAGAUGCUGUUUUACAAGUCCUUUCUGCUGCAUCUGGCUAUCCAACAGUCGGGCAUUUAGUCUUGGAGAAUGCAGACUAUGUAAUUGAUUCCAUUUGUCGGCAACUGCGUCAUUUAGAUCUCAAUGCUCAUGUUCCGAAUGUUCUCGCCGCCAUGCUCUCGUAUAUUGGAGUAGCUCAAAAAAUACUGCCUUUGCUGGAGGAACCGAUGCGCUGCAUUUCCCAGGAACUUGAGAUUCUUGGCAGGCACCAACAUCCAGAAUUAACUAUUCCGUUUUUAAAGGCUGUGGCAGAAAUUGUGAAGGCAUCAAAGCGUGAAGCAUGUUCAUUGCCCAGUAAGGCUGAGUCAUUUUUUAUGCAUGUCAAGUCCAGUAUAGCUGGUGUGCAUGAGCAAGCAGGCACAGAUUCCAUGCAAGCUUCAACAUCAUAUUCAGACAAUACGAACAAUGUAUCUCACAUGCAGCCAGAGAAAUGGGAGACUAUUAUGUUCGAGUUAAAUGAUUUCAGAAGAUACCGAAGAACAGUUGCUUCAAUUGCUGGUUCAUGUUUAACUGCUGCAACUCCUCUAUUAGCUUCUAUGCAGCAAGCAUCAUGCUUGGUGGCCCUAGAUAUAGUUGAGGAUAGCAUUGUGACACUAGCCAAACUCGAAGAAACCUACAGGCAUGAGAAGGAAACUAAAGAAGCUGUGGAGGAAGUGUUCCAAUCAUAUUCGUUUCACCAACUGAAAGAUGCUAUGGAUGCUGCUGAGGAUGGAAAUGAUGGAAACAUAUUGCUUCCAGCUAUGAAUAAAACAUGGCCAUACUUAGUUGCUUGUGUUCGAAAUAACCAGCCUGUGGCUGUACGGAGAUGUUUAGGUGUUACAAGCAGUGUAGUGCAAAUUUGUGGAGGAGAUUUCUUUUCUCGACGCUUCCACACUGACGGUGCUCAUUUUUGGAAACUUCUAUCUACAUCACCAUUUCAGAAAAAAUCCCACACGAAAGAAGAACGGAACCAACUACAACUUCCGUAUAGAGGCAGUUCCACUUCCACUGAGGAUUCUGUGGCAGAAGUUACGAGCCAGAAGGUCCAGAUAGCAAUGCUUAACAUAAUUGCCGAUUUGGCCCGAAACAGAAGGAGCGCGUCAGCAUUGGAGGUAGUCUUGAAGAAGGUCAGUGGUCUUGUUGUGGGAAUAGCUUGUAGUUCUGUUACCGGACUCCGUGAUGCAUCUAUCAAUGCCCUACAUGGACUUGCAUCGAUUGACCCUGAUCUCAUAUGGCUUCUACUUGCUGAUGUUUACUACUCGUUGAAGAAGAAAGACAUACCUUCGCCCCCCAUGCUGGACUUCCCAGAGAUCUCCCAAAUCCUGCCGCCACCUCUAUCUUCGAAAGGAUUCCUUUAUGUUCAGUACGGGGGACAGAGCUAUGGUUUUGAUGUCGACUUCUUGGCGGUGGAGUCGGUUUUUAAGAAACUUCAUUUGCAGGUUUUUACAAACCAAACGUACAUAUGAUAGUAUAGAAUUAUCUAUUAUCUAUAUUGUAAAUUUUGCUUCAUAUAAGAUAAAUUUUGACAAAAAUGUUGUUUUUCAUUUUCUUCCGACCACAACAGAGUAGCGAUUAAUCUCUCGCAUCCUUUACUGAUCA